CCAUUUUCUCUUUCACCCUGUCUGAUGUCUCAUUUCGCCUUCUCAGAAAUAAACUCUGUUUCCGUUAUAACACAAGCGUACAGCCUGGACUCUGCAAAAUAAAGGCUUUGACAAUUAAACUGCUUAUAACUGAGGAGGGGGGGGGGGGGCAUGUGUAAUUUCAAGACUCCCAAUGGCUUUUUAAAGCUUAUAUAGGAAAUCUAGAGGAGCCUGUGGAUAGGAUUUGUUUACUAAUUGUAAAACUGCUGCCUGUGAUCCUACCAGACAAUGUUCUUUCCCCCCCUGUUUUUUGUUUACCCCCUGCCCCCCUCCAUAUCUGAAAAAGUUCUGAUGUGUACUGGGUGUUUCAUAUGGACUGUGAUGAAGCCGUCCCCAGGUCUUUACAUAUGAAUGAUUAUGUAUGAACAUCUAAGCUUUCACAUUGUGUGUGCAGACUCUUACCAGACAAUGCCGACCGUCUGGAAAGCAACAAAUGUCCUGCACAUUUUUUGCAGUUAUGAUUAAAACAGGUCACAGCCUAGACUGACAUGGCAGAACUCCAAGUGAUUUUAGGUUUUCUGUAAUUCUGUAAUCCUUAUCAGCUCUCGAUUCUUCACGUUAUCACCGAGAAUUUUUAAGGUCUUACUGAUUUUAAUUGUAAUACUAAGUUGCAAUGAACUUGAAAUGCAUAAAUUUUAAACCUGCCACAAUUCUUGGUUAACAGUGUAUUAGGUUGGGGUCAUGUUGUUUUAAACAGAAAGCAUAUUUGGUUGCUGUAGUACCUAACGUAGGGUGAUUGUGUGAACAUACGCAUACAAACACUAAAUUAUAAUCCCACUAAAACAAAUUCCCACCCCAACAGUCCAGAAAGUGAACUACUAGUCUUCUGUAUAAACUGGGUACUCCAUUCUAGGCUUUGGGCAUAAAUGUGUUAUCUUAUUAAAUUUCUCAAUCAGUUCUGAACAUUGAUUUAUGUUCCCUGUGAAAUGAGUGAAUGUGGCUAUUGGAGUGAGAGGUAGGGGGACCUUGCUGACGUCACUGUUGCACUCCAAGUCACCAGUGUACUGUAGCUGGAGAUGGCAGUCGCGUUUCUGUGUCCUGUGUGCGUUGUGUACCGUGGAUUAGCCAGUAGUAGCCUUCAUUCGUGUCUUCUGCAUGUUUUUACUGUAUGAUCACGAAGAAAAAACUGAAACGUAAUUGCGGUUAAAUUUAGAAGUAUCGGUUACGAUGGAACUCAGCCUUCAAGUAAUAUUAAGAAGGCCGUAAUGGCCAUGGGCUUGUAUCAUUUUUAUUAAACUAAUAACUUUGUCCGCCAUAAACAUAGAUCCAAAUAUUUGUAUUUAACUGUUAGAUACGAAUGCAUUUCUAAUAUAAAAUCGGCAUAAUUUAAUGUUAUUUUGCAGUAGGGGUGAGUUAAUGGCAUCUUCCAAAGACGUCAAUCACUGAAAGAUUUUCAGUCUCGGGUUAAAGAGAAGUUCUGUCUGUAUUCUGCGAGAGCAGCGAGCCGCGGCGGGCGACCAUUACAAAGCAGACCGAGCAGCCGCUAGUCGGGCUUCGCUCUGGCUUUGGGGCUCCGUAUGUGUGUAGUUGAAUAACAGCUAUCUGUUCUAGAUUGUCUGGUUUAUUAUUACUAAUGAUUAUUUAUUGUGCUGCGCUCGAUAUUUGCGCGUUAGUUGAAUCCCUGACGACUGAGCAUUAUCUUAAUAUGCGGCUUUAUUAUUUAAGCGGAAAGCGCAAUAUUUGCGCUUCUGUUGCCAAUUAAAAUCGCCGCUACUACCGAGCCACCUCACUGCCUUGAUAUCGCGGACAGCUAUGCUACAGCCAAAUGCAAAGUGGUGUGAAAUAAGAAAUAAAAUUGGGAUUUCGUAAACGACGUGAUUCUUGUAGUGCGGCAACCCGGCAACAAAAUGCGUAGGGAGUGUUACAUUUUUAUAUAAAUGUAUAUAAGGGGUUUGGAAAUUAGCCACGGAGACUUGUCCAGCAGCCUUGGGCAACGUUGCAACUUGUUUGCUCUUGCUAAAUUGCAGCCGUCUAACGGGUUACACUGCAAUGCAAAUAGGCACGGAUCAAUACAUGCCCAAUAGAUAAGAUCGUAGUGAACCUAAUCGUUCUGCGCACUGAUGUCGUCCAUGUGUGAUGUGUACAUUACCCUUGAAUAUUUACCUCAAUAAAGCUUAGGAAAACACACCAGUAGCAUGCGUGUGGUGGCACAAAGAGACAUCUGCAGGAUCCACUGUAGUUAAUAGAUCUGCUCCUUGUACAGCAGCAGUAUAUGCACUCGCCCUCUUGCGGCCCCAUUUCUGAUUCGCCGAUACUGUCACAUAUGUGUCGAGCCUAGUGGUGACAGAGCAGCACAACGGUGCUGGCCCCCGCAGAAAGGCGUCGCAUUUGGCGGGGCAAUAGUGCACAUUCGCUGUGUGUUGGAAAGCUUGAGCUGCACACACAAGCUUGCAGUUGCUCCGCAAAUCCGCGGAAAUGGCUUGGGGCGCGCGCGAGUUCCUACACAGCCUGGUCUCCGCCCACCUGCGUGUAGCCAAUCAGCUCCAGUCUGCGUCUUUCUCUUGUGAUUCCGGUGUCAUGGCGGCUUGCUAGAGAGCAGACAAGGGGAAUAAGUGUGGAGUGGCUGUCAUGACUGUGCUGUUGUAAGCGCAGCAGUCGGGAUGUUGGAUAUUAUCUUCAAGGGCUGGUCUGUGUAUCGGACUAAGGCGUUUCCCGUUCUUUGGUCCUGCAGGCGGUAUUGUAAGCCAGCACAGCCUGGGAUAUUGGAACGCCUGCGGCGUUUUGAGGCCCUCUGGGAGAGCCAGGAGGACAGGGCGGUGGGGGAAAAGGGAGAGGGUCUCUCAGUCCAGCUGCAGGAUGGGAGCAUUGUGAAGGGGACAGCCGGAAUCACGACGCCCCUGCUGGUUGCAGAGAGAGCGCGGGUAAAGGGUGCUGUGGUUGGCAGGGUGAAUGGAGAACUCUGGGAGCUGCAUCGCCCCCUGGAGGGAGACUGUGAGCUGCAUCUGCUCGGCUAUGACAAUGCUGAAGGUCGGCAGGUGCUGUGGCGUUCCGGAGCGUGUGUCCUAGCAGCGGUGCUGGAGCAGCUGUUUGGGGCGGAAGUGUGUUGGGAGGGAACGUCUGAGAGCAGCUUCUACUGCGAUUACCACCUAGCAGAGGGCCUCCUUCCUCUGGAUGAAGUGGCAGAGAAAUGCAGCCGAAUGGCUGCCCUCAGACUCCCCUUCACCAGACUGCAGCUCAGCACCCAUCAGCUGAAGGAACUUUUCAAGGACAGCUCACCGAGGCUGCAGCUGAUUGAAGAGCGGCUGAUCAGUCCAACUGUAACUGUCUACAGGUGUGGCGAUGCUGUAGGGCUUUGCGCUGGGCCUCUCCUCCCUCACACCGGCUACCUCAAGCUGUUCAAGCUGCUGCAGGUGUCGGCGUUGGCUAUGGAGAGCUCUCCCCCGGGUGGCAUGUCAAGGGUGCUGGGGGUGUCCUUCCCGGGUCACAGAGAAAAGGAGGAGUGGGAAAGAGAGCUGGAGGAAGCUCACCGCCGGGACCACAGGCGCAUCGGCAGGGACCAGGAGCUGUUCUUCUUCAAUGACGUCAGUCCCGGUAGCUGCUUCUUCUUCCCGAAGGGGGCUCACAUCUACAACACGCUCACAGACUUCAUUAAGAGUGAGUACCGGAGGCGUGGCUUCAGUGAGGUCGUGACCCCUACCCUGUACAACACCACAUUAUGGAAGCGCUCUGGCCACUGGGAGCACUACAGCGAGAACAUGUUCUUGGUGCAGUGCCCCCCGCACACCUACGCCCUCAAGCCGAUGAACUGCCCCGCCCACUGUGUCAUGUUUGAGCAGCGGGUUCGCUCCUGGCGGGAGCUGCCCUUACGCUGGGCAGACUUCGGUGCACUGCAUCGCAAUGAACACUCGGGGGCGCUCACGGGCCUGACCAGGGUCCGCCGCUUCUGCCAGGACGACGCCCACAUCUUCUGCACCCCCGAGCAGCUAGAGGGCGAGAUCACUUCCUGUCUGGAGUUUGUGCGCAGCGUCUACACAGUGUUUGGCUUCUCCUUCCGCUGCCUGCUGUCCACGCGCCCUCCGUCCUUCCUGGGAGACGCCCCUCUGUGGGGCAGCGCCGAGCAGCAACUGGAGAAAAGCCUGCAGCAGUUUGGGGAGCCGUGGGACGUGAACCCCGGGGAUGGGGCCUUCUAUGGGCCCAAGGUUGACAUCCAGAUCCGCGAUGCCACUGGGCGACAGCACCAGUGCGCCACCAUCCAGUUAGACUUCCAGCUGCCGAUCAGGUUCCAGUUGCAGUACGUGAGUGCAGACGGAGUGGUGUGCAGGCCGGUGCUGAUCCACAGAGCCGUGCUGGGCUCUCUGGAGCGCAUGAUCGCCAUCCUGGCUGAGCACUUCGGGGGGCGAUGGCCCCUGUGGCUCUCCCCAGCACAGGUCAUGGUGUUACCAGUGGGGAGUCACGUGGAGGAGUACGCACAGCAGGUGGUAAGGAGGUUCCGUGAGUCUGGCUUCAUCACAGACAUGGAUGGUGACCAUGGGGCCACCUUAAAUAAGAAGAUCCGCUCUGCUCAGCUCGCGCAGUACAACUACAUACUAGUGGUGGGGGAGAAGGAGGCCACCAGCGGGACGGCGAGUGUGCGGACCCGGGGGGGCCUGCAGCUUGGCCAACGGGCCGUGGACGAGGUGCUGGGGGCCCUGGCAGAAAUCAGAGAGUCCAGGAGCAACCUGGAUGGCUUCUGAAGAAGGAGCACCGGCAAAACGCCCCAGAAAGCCAAGGAUACUUCCCCCCCCGCCCCAUUCUGCUGUAUCGAUUUUUAUAAUAAAGUAUUUAAACCA